GUGGCGCGGCCUCCCCCCGCGGCGGUGCCGGGCGGUGCGGCCUGCGUCACGGGUUUCGGCGGAGCGGGAGGCGGAGCUCGCGGCGGGCAGCAGGAGCGGCGGCGGCCGCGGGCGCCUCACGCCUGCAGGGACUCCCGCGGCGGCGCCAGGGGUGGAGGGCGCCCCCCUCCCCCCCCCUCACGGAGCCGCUCGACGCUCGCCUCCCUCAGCUGCCGGCCUCGGUGCGCGGCCUCCCCCCACCCCCCGCCGUGCCCUCGCGCGGGCGGGCGGGCCGGGCCCCUUCCCCUGCCGGCGGGUGGGCUCUACUGCGGAAACCUGGCCGCUCCCUCCCGGGGCUGCGCCGGCCCCCGCCGGGCCCCGCGGCGGCCCUCGCUGCCGCCCGGCCUCCGCAGUGAUACAGGAUAUAAAAUAAUGGUAACGGGGCAACCAUUUCCCUGAAGUUCAGGUUUUGAGGCUCACUGACAUUAUGGAUGAGCAGCAAGCUUUGAAUUCAAUCAUGCAGGAUUUGGCUGUGCUUCAUAAGGCCAGUCGUCCUGUAUUGCCCCAGCAAGAAUCAGGAAAACCAAAGUCAUCUUCACCUAAAAAACAGAAUGAUGUUAGAGUCAAAUUUGAACAUCGAGGUGAAAAAAGGAUCCUGCAGUUUUCCAGACCUGUCAAGCUAGAAGAUCUUGCAGCUAAAGCUAAAGUUGCUUUUGGACAGACUAUGGAUUUGCAUUACAGCAAUAAUGAGCUUGUCAUUCCAUUAACCACACAGGAUGACCUAGACAAAGCUGUUGAACUGCUUGACCGUAGUGUUCACAUGAAGAGUCUCAAGAUACUGCUUGUAAUACAUGGAAAUACACAGUCGCCCAGCGUAAAUAAUGUGGAACCCUUGCCCUCACUGGAAGAUUUAGAUAAUACAGUGUUUGGUGUGACAGAAAGAAAAAGGCGGCUUUCUGUAAUAGGCUCUAAUACUCGUGAUAGGAGUUCACCUCCCCCAGGAUACAUUCCAGAUGAGCUGCAUCAGGUCGCCCGAAAUGGGUCCUUUACCAGUAUCAACAGCGAGGGUGAAUUCAUUCCAGAAAGUAUGGAUCAGAUGCUGGAUCCAUUGUCUUUGAGUAGUCCUGAAAAUUCUGGUUCGGGAAGCUGUCCCUCACUUGACAGCCCUUUAGAUGGAGACAACUAUCCCAAAUCUCGGAUGCCAAGAGCACAGAGCUAUCCAGAUAAUCAUCAGGAGUUCUCAGUAGAGUAUGAUAUCCCAAUAUUUGAGAAAUUUGGAAAGGGUGGGACUUAUCCUCGAAGAUAUCAUAUUUCCUACCAUCAACAAGACUACAAUGAUGGUCGUAAAACUUUUCCAAGAGCCAGAAGGACUCAGGGAAACAGCUUCCGAUCGCCAGUUAGUUUCAGUCCCACUGAUCACUCACUGAGCACGAGUAGUGGGAGCAGCGUCUUUACACCAGAAUAUGAAGAUAACAGAAUGAGGAGAAGGGGAAGCGAUAUAGACAAUCCUACCUUGUCAGUCAUGGACAUCAGCCCACCCAGUCGCUCACCACGAGCUCCAACUAACUGGAGACUUGGUAAACUGCUGGGUCAAGGUGCAUUUGGCAGAGUAUACCUGUGCUACGAUGCUGAUACUGGAAGAGAACUUGCUGUUAAACAAGUUCAGUUUGAUCCUGAUAGUCCAGAAACCAGCAAGGAAGUAAAUGCACUUGAAUGUGAGAUUCAGUUGCUGAAAAAUCUGCUUCAUGAAAGAAUUGUUCAGUAUUAUGGCUUCUUAAGAGAUCCGCCAGAAAGAACACUCUCUAUAUUCAUGGAAUAUAUGCCUGGGGGUUCUAUCAAAGACCAAUUAAAAUCAUAUGGAGCACUCACAGAGAACGUGACUCGUAAAUACACGCGGCAGAUAUUGGAAGGAGUUCACUAUUUGCACAGUAACAUGAUUGUCCAUCGAGAUAUUAAAGGAGCAAAUAUUCUGCGAGAUUCAGCAGGCAAUGUGAAGCUAGGUGAUUUUGGUGCCAGCAAACGACUCCAGACUAUCUGUCUCUCUGGUACAGGGAUGAAGUCUGUCACAGGAACUCCGUACUGGAUGAGUCCAGAAGUUAUUAGUGGAGAAGGAUAUGGCAGAAAAGCAGAUAUCUGGAGCGUAGGUUGUACAGUGGUAGAAAUGCUCACUGAGAAGCCCCCUUGGGCAGAGUUCGAAGCAAUGGCUGCCAUCUUUAAAAUUGCCACUCAGCCAACCAACCCCCAGUUACCACCUCAUGUCUCAGACCAUGCUCGGGAUUUCUUGAAACGGAUUUUUAUCGAGGCCAAGUUGCGACCAUUUGCAGAUGAACUGCUAAGACACACGUUUGCACACUAUCACUAACAGCCUGCCUCAACUCAGCUUGCAUCUACUGCAUUUAUUUUCUAUUUGACUGCACUUUUAUUUUUUAUUUUUUACAAAAAAGGAGAAAAAAGACAAGAGAGAGAACACAUUCUCUUGAAUCUUUGUUUCACUUAGAUUGUAAACAAUCUAAAUUUUGUAUGUAAAAUGAGAAUCUUCCCUCCCCCACUCCCCCACCAGGACUAGAACUUUUUGUUUCUAUAAUGUACUGAUGUGGUUCAUGUAGAUAAAGCACUUUAGUACAUGUUCCUUAUUUAAAGGGGAAAAAAAAUGACAAAUGAUUGGACAGUCAAGGACAGUGUGACUUUUUCUGACACUGCUGACUGACUCAGGGUGCAGGGAAAAACAGACGCAGCUAGAGGACAAGAAGGUUACUUAUCUGUGAUUGUUCUUUGUAUUUAUAGGUACUUGCUGCAGAGAGUUCUAAGUUCUUAUAUUUUAGCAUUUUAAUCAGUUUCCAGAUUUAACAGUUCAAGCUUAAACCCACAGUUUUGAGAAUUAUUUAGAAGCUGGAAGAACUUGGAGCUCUUUGUACAGCAGCGUGUCUACCUGGUACUUCUUCUGCGACCAAAAGAAAAUAACAAAAUAGAACUUGACACGGAUUCAGUAAAGAGAGGUUUUGGUAUAGAACUAUAUUAUCUUAAUAGGAAAAGAUUUACAGGUAAACAGAUUAUGGACGCAGACUCCUAGGAACUACUAUACUGCAAGGUGAAAAUUUCCAGAAUAAACAGAAGAGUCAGCUGUUGGAUGUAAAUAGUUGGAGAAUGCCUCCUGCUGUAUCUGCCAAAGAGAAUCCUCUAUUGCAUAAGCCUGGAGGGAGACAAUUAUCUUAGAUAAGAAAAAAUAGAGAUAUUGAGAAAGAAUCUUCCUCUACAAUCCCAUGAAUGGUUGGGGGAAUGGGAGUGACUAAUCCUUGCACAGUAUAUGAUUCAGAAUGAGCUAUAAGAAAUAACGUCUUCAAAGCUGUUGAGAGGCACUAGGGUGGAAUGUAUGUCAACAUCAAGUGCCUGAAUAAUACAAAAUUCUUCCCAUUAUGCACUAAAAAAAUUGUUUUAGUAACAGUUCAGUCACUUAGGAUGUGUUGAAAAUUUCUGAAAUGAAGCCCAGCAUCUUUUAACACUAGGAAUAAGUCACAGAAAAAGACAAAACUCUGGUUAUACUUUUCGUAAGAUGAUGAUGAUGAUGAAUCCACCUAAACAAGAAGGCACAGCACAAAAGAUUGUAUGAAGAAUAGGCCAAAAACAUAAAGUGAACCAGCAACUAAAUAACAUGAGCAUGAUUACUCCAACCUGAUAAUCCAGAUGAUCAGUGUUUAUCAGGUUUCCAAAUGUCAUAAAACACAAAUGAAUCACUCUUCCAUUUCUGAAAGAAUAAUAAAAGAAGAAAGGUAAUAUCUGAAAUACGAGUCCUCAAUUGAGAAGCCCGGUGCUGAUCAGUUAAUAACUGACUUUUUGCUACAGAAAAGUCAAACUCUCAUAUUUUUGUAGAAGUACACUAUAUAAAUAAUUUGAAAGGGAAUUGGAACUAUUGUGCUGCAGAACUGAAAUAACACAUACUGUUUUGGAUGAUUUCUUGCUUGCUUUUGUUGUUACGUAAAAACAGAGCGGGCUGAUAACUGUGAAUCUUGUCCUCUCUGACAAGGUUAUGCACUGUAGUUCCCAGGCUCCUGUCUGUUUUGCAUCCUUAGAGGACUAUCAGAAUUAUAAAGAACGUGGACAUAGAAUAAUAAACUUACCCAUUCUCAUGACAGUUAACUCAUGAGAUUUCUGAAUUUAUUUAGGAGUUUCCAUAUCUUCUACCGAGCAUAAGCAGGAGUAUGGAUCUAUUCUAAUCACUUUACCUGUAGCAGAGUAAGAAUGAUUCUCCUUCUGUUUUGAGCCACCUCUCCUGAAACUAUGAGCAGUGGCCUUUUUCAGUUUCUGUGAGUGUUUUAUCCAGCAUAUACUUUGUUUUGGUCAGGGUAUGUAACUGUGCAGGAUUUUAUAAGCACAGGAAGAAUUAACCCAACCAGGGAAAAUUUAGAAGGCCAAAAUGAAAGUCAACUUGUAUUGACUUAUUUUUAGUUUCUCUAACUAGACAAAAGGUACGAAAGCAGCCUUUAAAGAGAAUUUGUGUGUAAUCUGCUGUAAAGGACUUUUGCUUUAUAAGCAAAAUUUAGUGGCAGCAGGGGAGGGAGGUUUAAUGUAGAGCCUCAUAAUUUAUGUAGCUAAUUUAAAGAUUGUGUAAUUGAAAUGACUGAUUUCAAACAGAUCAAGAAGGUACCAAACCAAGCGGGAAAUGUAUAUAAAAUCAGUAGUGGACAGUGAUAUCUGAAAAGGUAAGGAAAUUUAUUAUUACCAAAAAAGGACCUUAAAGGGAAAAUGUAAUCAGGUUUAUCUGUAGCAUUCAUAAGAAUUAAAGAUACUAUUCUAAAAAGAAACUGCACUCUCUGAAGCUUGAAAAUUUUCAGAAUCUAGUUUUCUAAUAAAUACUCUGUCCUUUCUGUGAGGCAGUGCUGGCUCAUGUAUAUUGCAAUAUCAUUUCCUCAUUGUGAUUUUAAUUACUGAAAGCAAUUGAAAUUGUUGCUUUUGUGCCUUUUCUAAAAAUGGCAUUCAGUCAUGACAAUGGUAAGCAUUUUGGAACUGGAGAAAGAGAAUUUGCAGAAUGCAUCUUCCUCAAACUUUCCUUGCCAUCAGAAAGCUGCUGAGUAAUGACAGUACUUCUUAAAAGAAGAUGACUUUUGCCAGUUCAAGUGAUUCUAGUAAGAUUACAUUAAAUGAAUCAAGAUUAGGCCUGCACCGUUUUUUUCCACCCUAAGUUGCCCUAAGCUACUUAGAGUAAAUUUAGGUGGUUAUUAACCAUUCAUUAAUAUUUUGAGCUAGAAAUAUAUGCAAAUUUAAAUGAAACUGUUUUACCAAAAGGUUAGUUACUGUUUAUCCCCUUGCAUGUUGCACUUCAACGUUGUUGUGUUGGGGUAUUAUAGAAAAACAAUCUGUAUUAAAUUAUGUAGUACCUCUGUAUAGAGUGUCUGUCAGACACUUUGUGGACUUCUGGCAUGAUAAUUAACAAGCCCUAUCUCCAGAAUUUCAGAGGGUGCAUGGAGUUGCAUGCGUAAAAUUCCAUUAGAGAGAAGGGUUGUGGAUUUGAGAUCCCUGAUGACAACUUUUAAUACCUUACUAAUGAAGAUACCAGCAUUUUAGAAUCAUCAGUUAUGCUUCAGUACUAGGUCCAAUUAUUAGAAAAUACCAAUGCAAAGAAUACUGUUGCAAGGUUAUGUUUUGCUUUUCUGUAAAUGCCAAGAUGAAGCUGUACUCACAAAAAGUAAGGGUCAAGAUUGAUAGUGAGUAUACGUAUUUUCAGAGGACUUAACUUGUCUGCUAAUGAGUCUUACUAUUCUGGCUGUUUACACAUAUUAAGUAACAAAAGUUAUAACUACUUGUGUACCAUGGUUUUAAUGGUGAUAACUGUAAUGGUAUUGUUUGCUCAUGGCUCUUUUUGGCACAAAGAGGACUUUUAUUGCUGUUUCGGCCAAUCUUAUUAAACUUCCAUGUAUUUUUUUUAAUCGGCUUUUUUGUAUGGCUGGAAUGAGGAAAAUUAUGAACAACUGUUAAUACAAGUUCCAUUUGGUGGGAAUGCAAAUGGAUGAGCUCUGAUCUAGCUGAGUCCUGUGUGAGAAGCAGAUUGUUCAUUUUUAAUUUGGGUGAUAAAAAAAUACACAUGCAAGUACUGAAAAAAAGUAUGGAUAUAAUUGACUUUUCUUGACUGAUAAAUCUGUUACUUUCUCAGUUUUGAUUUAAGUCUUAAAAACUCACUUGAUUUGCAAUUCUUAUUGUAGCUAAGCAGUCCUUUCAGUAUACCAGAAUGUUAAGUUAUUUAACAGCUGUUUUUAGCUAGUGCCUUUUUAUCUGUAUGCCUUAAUUUUGUUCAUAUUUGAACACCAUACUGAAAUGCUAUGGCUGUCAUACAAUUCUAUGUCACCAAAACAGUCUUUAAAUACAUUUUUAAAGUUUCCAAACCAAAAUUCACUAACUACAUUGAAAAGCUUUCUUUAUUAUAAUCUGCUGUAGACUUUCAAUUUGAGACUUUUUAUUAAAAAGUAAUUUUUGAAGUACUUGCAGAGUACUACCUAAACUAAUACAGUUCUUAUAUUUGCAUUUUGGAUACUGCAAACUGAUGCAUACCAGAAAAACUACUUCUCUGCACUCAUACAGAUACUGUUACAGCCAAGAUAUAGUUACUUAGCUCUGGGUACUAGACUCUGGUUUUACUGUAGAGAUCUUAAGAGUUCUUAAUGGACUAGAAAGCAAUAGUUGGUAUACUUCUAAACGUGGUACUGUACUCAAGGUUUUUACUUUCAAUAUACGGGAAUAUUAGUUCUGCUUUAGCAAAUCAACAAAAUCCUCAGUGACACUAGCUUUGUUUCCCAUAAAACUGUUACCUGUUUCUUUUAGAUAAUCCUAAUCCUGCCAUUGUCUUGACUGAAAGCCUUCUUGCAGCACCAGGAGGUACAGUGCAGUACAGCAAGCCAUUCUUUUAGACAACAUAGAGCAAUGUGUAUGCAGCUUCAGAGACUUGAGCAAAUUGGUCAGAUCUGUCAUAACUUAUAAUUAUAUUUUUUUAAUCUUGAAAGCUGGUCAUGCAUAUGAAAAAGCAUAACUUGUUUGCUUGAAUGCAAGUCCAUAUGGUGUUUCUGGAAAAGCAAAAGUAUUACUGCCAGUAUCUCUUCUUCUUGCUGGUAACUUGCUGUCUUGUGUUCAUGACAAGUAUGCAGUGUAAAAUCACAUACAAUUACCAAAGCUUUUCUAUCCGCAUCUACGUAUAGCCAAAAGUGAUGUUUCAUGGAUUAGUACUGUUACUUACAUAUACAUAUAUAUCUAUCAGUAAGCUGUUGCUAACUGAAGAAGGCAGGUACUAAUAUAAAGUGAUGGAUACUGCCCAUAUUUAAAAGAUUUGGGUGUUUGUUGUUGCUGUUUUGAUGUGCAGAAUUCAUGCCAGCAUUAAAAUGAACAGUUUGUUUUUUUAAAACUCUUUUUAACUUAAUCUUAUUGAUGUCAUUUGAAAAAUAACGUUCAAGCUUGGUGACUAAAUUUGACAACUUACUUUGUAGCCAGGUUUGAGUUUUGGGACACUUAAGGAAUGCCGUGAAGAAAAGUAGAUUUGUGAUCUGCAUUGCUCUGUGCGCCAUAGUGAGGACAUUUCAAAGCUGCUACAAAGCAGUCUGUUUUACUUGAGAGCCAAAUCUCACCCACAACUAUAAGGGGGUGUAUGCUGCCUUCAAGAGGAGCCACAAACACACACCAGAGGGGGCAGAACUGCUUCCAAACUGGGGCUUCUAACUCAAAAUUCUUGACGAGAAGCGAAGGAGCUUUUCUCUUUUUAUUUGCUCUGCUUGGCCUACACACGGUUUAUUUUUUCAUUUUAAUUGGCAUUACUUAAAUACUGUAUAGGUGGUGGCCACUGAUAGCUCCUGAAUUGCACAGGAGCUACAUAGAGCUUAAUACCAUGGCUCCGCCAUGUGAGUCGAGGGUCCUGGAGACUCCUGCUUGCUGGAGGGAGUUAGCUAGCAAGGGCUGCCGGGCCGAGGCUGCCCCGCUCUGUCCUCACUGGAGGACCACGGGCUGCUGUUGCCGUGUGGGCCCUGCACUCCGGGGAGGUGACCUGUGUCCUGCAGCUCCUGGCUGUACCAGGAGUUUGGUGUGUGGCUCCCAUGGCCACACUCUGUGCCAUACAAAGCAACUGUUCGGUUUCACUCUAGCAGUAUAUAUACAUCCAGCUAUUUGAGGGGGAAGAUGAGAUGGAGAAAAAAUUUCUCAUGCAUCGAACAACAUUAGCAGUCAUUCUUUGGCUAGGUCUUAGUUUUACAUGAACCUGCUUUAUAGGGAGAGGAACUGGAAUAAAUGCAUUAAAAUCGUAUCUUGUGAUUCAGUCCUUACACUGAGUCCACUGAUGAGGACUGGAGGUCACGGUCUUUUGUGGGGAAAUAAGGAAAAGGAUGUGGUAACUCUAGAGUGGCUAUUUGCGGGAAAUAUUUCACAUGUUUUUCAUGUCUUUUUCCCCAAUAAUAGAUUAUCCUUUUCCCCCCAAGAUUAUAUAAUGUGGAUUUAAAAACAAGGAUUGCAUUUUCUUUUCUGAACAGGCAUUAGAUUGUCAGUUUCCUAGUGUUUCUCAUUAAUACCAGUUUAAAAGAUGGUGUCAUCCUAAAAUUGAAAUGGUUUAUUAUUUUAAAAAAAAAAAAAAGUGUCUGUCAUCUCAGACCUCACUUAAGUCAUAUAAAGGAAUAUCAUUGUAAAUACAUGGAGGGAGACUUAGAUAAAUUGGAACAUAGGCUUUUAGUUUUCAUGAAGCUAUGAAUAAAAAUUUGUAAAUUUACUGUUGACCUAAUGUACAUUUUUUAUGUAGCCAUUAAAUUCUCUAUUUAAUCUAUCAGUUUCUCACUGUAAAUGUUUUUACUCUCAGUUGAAUGCUGGGCACAGUUUGUAAUGUAUGUACACAAAGGUGUUUUUUUCUAUCAACGUUGACUUUUUUGCACAUUUUUGGAAAUAUUUAAUUUGUACACUGAUUUAAUACUCUGACCAAUUGUCGAUGGGUGUAUGAGAAUCACGUAUGUGUGCAAUGUACUACUGUCUGGAUGUAUGGGUUUUUUAUUACUUUUGAGAUGUUGCUAUCAGUAACUGCACUGCUGUUGCUGCUUUACAUGGAAUAUCUUGUGUAUAAAAAAAAUUAAAAAAUUAGCCUAUGGUUAUCUUGGUUGAGGAACUCAGGAGUUGAGCAUUGCUUACUAGUUCCAUUUGUCUAACAACCUUCCAAACUUAAGAGUACUUGUAAUUCUGUGUAUGCAUUGAAUGUGUGUGUGUAUAUAUAUCCCAGUAAUCUUAUUCCACAAUUUCAUUUCUACAUUUUUAUGAACUUGUUUUUUAAGGGUACUAUGUUUAGUUAGAAUAAUUAAAUAUAUAAAAGCUUUGAGAGAUAAUUUACUAGAUAAAUAUAUUUUCAGCUGGCUGAUGUUCAAAAUAUUUUUUUAAUUUUUGUUUUUAACCAUUCAAAAUGUAUUUGUAUUUCCAAAAUCAGACACGAAUUGUACUUAAAAGAUAUAUUAAAACACUCCAUAGGAACAACAGUGUGAUUUCUCUUUUAAGAAUUUUGUAAAAAAAAAAAAAAAAAAAAAAAAAAAAAAGCUGAAGUAUUUAAUUGAAGCAGAGAAAAUACACUGUUCUGAAAAGCUGAAAAGCAAUCUUUGAAUUCUCAGAGGUGACUGGGGAAUAAAAAAGUAGGAAGACAACACCAAUUUGGGGAAGUCGCAUUCUUCUAUCUCCUGUCCUUUGUCUCGGUGUUUCUUUCGUAGCCCCUCUCCCAUUCUGGUUUUUGGAUGUCGGGAAAGAUUAAAGCAUGUUUGUCCUCUUGCUGAUCCGUGAAUGUCAUACGUUUGGAACAUGCUUUAAAGACUUGGCUUAUUCCUUUUAAAUGAACAGAAUGUCAAUCUAAUAUAUGAAUUUCCGAUUUUUUUUCAGUGUGGUUUAAGAAAGCCUAAUGUUUAAAAUGGUACCAAGUAAAAUUUCUCAUGCUAGUUACACAGUGCACUGUUGACUUGUCCUUAAGUCCAUAGUUUAGGAAGAGUUGAUAUACUCCGUCAAAUUAAGAAUUGCCUGGUACGGUGUUUCCUUCACUUCUCAUGCACAUUUGACUUUGUUACAUUUUUAAAAUUGUGCUUGUAAAAAAAAAAUAUAAAUUUUUUCAUUUUUUUUUAAACAAAUUCCUAUGUAUUUACCUGUUUUAUUUCCUUGCUGGUACAUGGCUUUCAUGUCGCUCGGGGUUUUGUACCGCUGUACCGAAGCCCUGUUCCCCUGCGGCGCGGGGCCGCCCCGCGGGAGGGCUGCUGGCUGCGCGGCCGCGGGCCCCGGCGCGGCCGGCGGAGCGGCGCUUUCAGUGUUAAUAAACGAAAUAUUUAUUUCC